AAAGAAGAAAAAAAAACUCCUUGUGAUGGUCACAGUAGGAUAUCCAUUCCCCGAAGAGUCUAUGCUAGGCAACACCCAUGUUGACCCCGUGUCUGACAUGGAGCAAUCACUCCCCCAAAAAACAACAUGGAAAGGUCGCAUCUGGGAUACUUUCGACAGGCCUCCCUUGGAGAGAAAGCUAUUGUUCAAGGUUGAUGCUGCUAUCCUUACAUUUGCCUCACUGGGUUACUUCCUCAAGAAUCUUGAUCAGACCAAUAUCAACUCCGCAUUCCUAUCCGGCAUGAAGGAAGACCUAGGCAUGACCGCCAAUCAGCUUGUCACUGCAACUUCUAUUUGGACAGUGGGCUACGUUAUUGGUCAAAUUCCUUCAAAUCUGUUACUCACUCGAAUAGAACCUCGGUGGGUCAUUCCGGCACUUGAACUCGGUUGGGGAGUAGCGACUCUUGGAUCUUAUGGUGUCAAGUCUUAUAAGGCCCUUUAUGCCCUUCGUUUUUUAGUCGGCCUUUUUGAGUCCGGUUUUUACCCAGGCAUGCACUACAUGCUUGGUGGAUGGUACACUCCCUCCGAAAUUGGAAAGCGGGCAAGCAUUUUUUGGGUCGCCGGUUCUCUGGGCCAAAUGUUCUCUGGUAUCUUGCAAGCUGCGGCUUACAACAACUUGUCUGGUAUUCACGGACUAGCCGGCUGGAGAUGGUUGUUCAUAAUCGACGCUGUCAUCACUUUGCCUCUUGCCAUAUUUGGUUUCCUCUUCUUCCCUCCUCUCCCCCUUCAGGGGAAGAAGUGUUGGUGGUUGUCAUCGGAAGAAUUCUCUAUUGCGCAAUCACGCCUUCUCAGAUUUGGCCGAGUAGGAAAGAAGGCUUGGACCAGAACCAAGCUCAAGAGCCUUUUGUUCAGCUGGCACACUUAUUUUCUUCCUCUCCUCUAUGUUCUUUGGAAUAAUCAAUUUCCUCAAGCUCCUAUCGGUUAUUUCUUAAAAUCCUUCAACGACACCCCUUACCCUGGUGGUGACCGCCGGUUCUCUGUUGGACAGAUCAACCAACUUCCUUUACCCCAAACGGCAAUUUUUGUUGUCGUUGCUCUUGCUUUUGCUUGGCUAAGUGAUGGCCUUUUCCGAGGACGACGAUGGCCGUUCGUUUACGUUGGCGCUGUUAUCUCUCUUAUCAUUGCCUCUAUCCUAGUCCAUUUCCCACUUUACAAGAACGUCGACAGCACCAUCGUCCUAUAUUGGUUCAGCACUGUCGGCCAAGGUGCAGGCCCUCUUAUUCUCACUUACAUCAACGAGAUUUGCUCGGACGACAGUGAGAAGCGAGCUAUUCUCGUCGCUGCUGGAAAUGACUUGGCUUAUGUCGUCCAGGCUGUUGCCCCCAACUUUGUCUGGAAGACAACCGAUUUCCCUCAGGCCAGGAAGGGUUGGACCUGGUCUAUCGCUUUGAACGUCGCACUGAUUUUUUGGAUGAGCGUCAUCCUCAUUCUCCGUCAACGAGAUAUCAAGCGCAUAAUCCAUAAGUCUCCUGCAGAGACUAUCCAAGUUAUUGAGACCCCAGAAGAGGACGACAAGUCUUCUGGUACCCUUGGAUCUCUCGAAAAAGCCUGACUAGAUAAGGAGAUGACGGAGUGGCCGUGAAAUACAGGGUGUAAUUUGUAAGAACUUCUUAUGUCUGUAGUUCUUGGUUUUGAAUAGAUCCAUAAUACAUUUGCACAAAAUUACUACUAGAUUAUUCAAGAAAAUAUUAUAGCAGCGCCACUAUUGCUAUCCUCAAAGGGAACGGAGAGCUCGUCCUCAUAUUAUUUUACGUCAAGUGGUUUAAUUACAAUCUAGUCCAUCAAGGAGGAUAUUAGAAAUUAGAAAGCUGUAGGGUUCUUUUACAUAUUUUCCCUAACUCUUAUAAUACUACCGAUAAUCCAACCAGUCUACAUUCUCAUCUCUCGAGCUUUCAGAUAAAAAAGAGUGUAGCCGACAGAGAAGUAAUAAAAAAAGAGGAGCAAGGAUUGGAUGGGGGGAAAGCGGUUAACCUGUGAGACAUGCAUUUAUAAG